CAGGCUACGGACAACAGCCUCCUGUUCCUCAGCUCCGCCUGCACCACAGCAGUCGUAUCCACCCCAGCAGUAUCCACCCCAGCAACCAUAUCCACAGCCACCAUAUCAACAUCAGCCAUAUCCACAGCAACCAUAUCCACCUCAGCCGUAUCCCCAACAACCGAUUUCGGUGGAAGCUCCAUAAUUAAGCAAAUUAAACCAUGGAGUCAAGCCAAACCUCUAUUUACCAAGAGCCUCUCGCCUCUGCAAGGUGUCAGAACGCCUCAAACUGUGGCUGCCUACCAGUCUGACCCAUACAUGACUUGCCACAAGAACCAGGCCUCUGUACACGAGGCAUCACAGCCCACAGUUUUGUAUGGAGGAGUCCAACCAUCGGUAGAGAACAAUAUGCGGCAAUCUUUGCCACAUACGGUCCAACCAUAUAUGCAGUACCAGUCUACGCAAGCAUCUGUGCAGUAUACUACUCUACCAACUGUUAAAUACACUACGACCCAAGCAUCUAUGCCGUAUAAUGCUCACCCUGCUGUGCCAUACACGGCACAGCCAUUUGCACAGUAUCAAGCCUCCCAAGAAUAUGUACAGUAUACUCAACCAUCUGUGCAGCUCAAUAUACUACCAACUGUCGUGUAUCAGAGCCAGCCUCAGGUGUGUGUAGCUGUGCCACCACCGCAGACUCUGCUAGUAACCAACCAUCAACCACCUCUCAAGGUGUGUGGGGAUAAACCCAGGACGGUGAUGGUGGUCAAGCGAAAGAGACAUCAUCACCACCACCAUUGUCAUGGCUUUUAAUGUUCCGUUGAAGUAGCCCCCCCCCCCCCACACACUAUCCUGCCAAGACUUUUGUUUAUCAUUUGUCAAAGUAUUUUAACUAAUAAAAAAAAUUGCUGAAUAAAAUUUUUAAUACGGGCUUUCACGCCAGUCUAUAGAUAUUCCAUUUUUUAAAUAAAAAGCAAUAGUUUUC